CGUCCGCUGCCGCGUUUGCUACAGUUCACGUGAACGGUGAGUUUUUUGGGCGUUCCUUGCGGCGUUUUUUCGCAGCGCAGCGAGAGCCUGGCCUCAGGGCGCUUCAAGCGCAGCGUUACAAGUGGCCCGCAGCUACCGCGGCGGCGCCACAGCGGCAAAAACAAAAGCAACGCCUUUAUUGCGCGAGAAACCCGCGCGCUUUUUUGCGCCCUUUUUUCUCGAGGACAGAGUCGUAGGAAGCUUCCCGAUCCAUCCAAGGCCAGCGGCGGAGGCAUCGCCGACCCAACUGCUCGCAACUCUCCGCCGCUGAGGCGUUCCAGCGCCGCAUGGGGCUUGUGCGCGCUGACCAAGCUGCCUUGUCCUAACACCAACGAGGCAGCGUCCAACCGGCUGCCCGCCACCCGCAGCCACCGCCCAAAACGCCGUCGACGCUGCCCCUUGUGACACAACCAGCACCAGGAUGGACACGCCCCCCGAGGACGUCGCCGACGCGCUCCUGAAAUUGACGCACCGCGUCGAGAUCAUGCAGCGCAAGCAGGAGCAGCACCACGGCGAGCAGCGGCGCGAGAUGGAGGAACUGCGGCGCGCCGUCGAGAAUUUGACUGAUGAGAAUCACCUGUUGCGGAGGCGCUUGGAAAAGGCCGACGGGCUCGUGAAGCGGACGAGGGCGCAAGUCGCCGCCGCGGAACCACCAUCACCAUCAAAACCUCGGGAGGUGCCCUCUUCACAAACACAUCACGAGACAAUAACGCAAUUGCUCAAAUCCUCCCCAGAAACUUUAAAGCUGGAACAUGCCUUCUUCCUGUCGCAUUUCCAGCGGGAAGCGUCGGACAUCUGCGCGGUGAUCGACCUGCAGAUGAAGAUUCGAGGCUACUCGUGCUGGUAUGAUCAGGAGAGCAUGCACAUCACGCAACUCGGCAUGCUCGAAGGCAUCCGGACGUCGGCCGUAUUUAUGCUUAUUUUGACGAAAGGUGUCUUCGAAAGGGCCUGGUGCGUCUUCGAGGUACGGGCCGCUAUGCGUUUAGGAAAACCAAUACAACUCCUCCACGAGGCGGACGCGGCGCACGCGUCGUACGCGCCGCUGAACGACAUCAUCGCGUCGGCGCCAGCGGACGUCCAGGCCAUUUUUGACGAUAAUGAAUCGUUGCCGUUCCGGCGGAAGGUCUACGAGCAGCAGGCGUUGCUCGAUAGGGUAUUGGUGGGCAACGCGGACCACCUUUCACCAGAAGAUGAGAGCAUGCAGGAGGACGUCCUCGCGGACCGUGCCAAAGCUAUGACUGUUUAUAGGGCCGGUAGUACGGCGACGUUGUAUAUCGACCUAGGAACGGGCCAGAUGGCCUUCAAGCUCCUCGCGUUGGGCGCGGACGGGUCUUUGGUGUAUGAGGAUCUGCUGACGUGCCCCUUCAACCUCGUGGAUCGGCCAGCUAGACAGUCGUCGGAGCUCGAAGAGGUUGAGGCGAACAUCCGCCAGGCUACAACUACAGCAAAAGAGCGCAUCGACGCGACCCUCGCAAAUGGUGAUUCGUUCGAGGAUCGCUUCGCGGGUGUUCGAUGCGGCGCGACGCAGUGGUACCGCGACUUCUCGGAACACGAGGUCGCGACGAAAGCGGAACCGGCAUUGGCGUGGCUGCGGAACACGGUCAUGCGCGUCUUGCCUGCAUCCGCAAAAUGGAACUUUGAAGUUUUGAGCGGACAAGAAGAGGCUUCAUUAGAGUGGAUCUCGGUCAAGCACGCGAUGGCCAUCGAGUUUGCCGCGGAACCGCCGAUCGCGGCCCUGGCGGGCGGCAAGGGUUCCGUGCAGACGAGCAUGGACGGCGCCGGCGGCCACGGUGCCCACCACCUCUCCGCACGCGUAGCUCUCAAGGAGGGCAUCGCCCUCGUCGAAACCGAUGAGAUUGAGGGAUGGCGCACGGCGUGCACGGCGUCCAUCACGGCGCCCUUCGGCCCUCUACGGGAACAAUUGCAAAAACACUCCCGCGAUUCUUCGCCAAUCAGAAUCAUCUGCAGCGCGGGCUUCUUCUACGUCGCCGUCGCGGCCGGUGUGGUUGAGAGGAAGGACGCGCCUCGCUACCUAAGCUACGAGACGGACGUGCGGCCGAAGAUCCAGGCUUUAGUUGAUGAUGAAGGAGCAAAACCGAUGGACCGCGCGAACGGCGUGCGGUUCUUGCGAUGUCUCGACUUCAUCGUGAGCGAGGACGCGUCGGGCGUCGCGCUGCUCUUCGCGCGCGAGUGGAAGGUGAGCGGCAAGGUCUAUCGCGUGACGUGGUCGACGGGCGCGUUCCUCCAGUACCUCGCGGGGCGCUACUACUCGCUCGCGGGCGAGGACGCCGUCUGAGUAAACAGACACAUUACA